GAAAAAGAAAAAGAAAAAAAAAAGGCGAACGAGGAGAAGAAAGAACCUUUUCCAUGAUAGCAUUUGUGUAUAAAAAUAAAAUGUUGUGAGAACACUGGCGUUCCAUCUUCAACUGCGCAUCUUUUUUCUUCGUUUGAUUUCUUCAUCCAAACCCUAAGUCGUGCCCUUAUAAAUUUACCGAAGUGAUCUAACAAAGAACCGAAUCCGAAACUGCAAAGCAAAACCCCCAAAGCCAUGCCACAGUCCCAUGGAGCCAUCCUCACCCGAUCAGUGUGGUCCUCCAAUCUCGAAUCGGAGUUCAAGUUGAUCAGAUCCGUCAUCGAUUCCUUCCCUCUUAUCUCCAUGGACACCGAGUUCCCCGGUGUCGUCAUUCGCCCCGACGCCGGCGACCCGUCCUUCCAACACCGCCACCCCAUGGCUCACUAUGCCGUACUCAAAGCCAACGUCGACCGCCUCCACCUGAUCCAGAUCGGCCUCACUCUCUCCGAUCACAGAGGAAACCUUCCCACCCUCGGCACCCAAAACUCCUUUAUUUGGGAAUUCAACUUCCGAGACUUCGACGUCGCGCGUGACGCCCACGCGCAUGACUCUGUUGAGCUUCUCCGACGCCAGGGCAUCGACUUUGAGAAGAAUCGCGAGUUCGGGAUCGACUCGGUCCGGUUCGCCGAACUCAUGAUGUCGUCCGGUUUGGUCUGCGACGACGCCGUUAGCUGGGUCACGUUCCACAGCGCCUACGAUUUUGGCUAUCUGGUGAAGCUUCUGACUCAGCGCGCGUUGCCGGAUAAGUUGUCGGAGUUUCUCCGUCUCGUGAGGGUGUUUUUCGGAAAUAGGGUUUUCGAUGUGAAGCACUUGAUGAGAUUCUGCUCGAACCUGCAUGGUGGUUUGGACCGUGUUUGCCAGUCCCUGAAAGUGGAACGUGUUAUUGGGAAGAGUCACCAAGCCGGUUCAGAUAGCUUGCUUACUCUGCACGCUUUUCAGAAUAUCAGAGAGCUUUUCUUUGGUAAAGCUGAUGGGUUCGUCCAAUAUGCUGGUGUCUUGUAUGGUUUGGAAGUUUUCUGAUUUUUAAUGGAAUCAAAAUAUCGCUUUCUUUUAGCAUCUCAUCUUAACGAGUGUAAGGCAGGAUGAGGCAGUGCGUUUGUUCACUACUUCCACUUACAGGAGAAUGAUAUCAAGACUACUAGGUAUAUAUGUUCCAUUCUCCUUUGAUAUUGGUUGGAAACUGGAAAUAUCUUAGCUGUCUGUGUUUUAUAUGUUCAACUGCUAUACUAUGAGAAAGUGCUGUUGGCAAGGUAUAUAAACACAUUAAGUAUUAGGGUGCACUUGGUUUGUGGAAACAAUUUUUAUCUAUCAAUAAUUACAAAAAAUGUUACCUUUUUUAUUUUGUUUCCUGUUCUCAAAAAAUUGAGGGUGGGUUUAUGGGUUUGAAUCCUGGAAACAGUUUCUUUGCUUGCAGGGGUAAGGCUACUUACAUUUACUCUCCUGAAACCCCACAAGGUGGGGAGCCUUGUGUACAUGGUUGCCCCCUUUUUUCCUCCCCUCAAAUAUUUUCGCAGAAAACAGUGAAAUUGCAAAAUACUCCAUUGUUACUCUACCUAUUUUCGAAAUAACAAAACAAGCUGGAAUUGAUGUGGCUUUUUUGUAAUCAUUAAUAUAGAAAAUGGAAAUUGAAAACAUUUUUGCAAACUUAAUAUACCUAACUUCUAAGGUGAAUUGGCUGAUGAAUGAACAAAUAUUUGAUUAGAUAGUAUCUGCCAAUGUCACGAGCAUUAUGCUUUUAACUUGGCUUUGAUUUCUUUGCUUCAUUUGUUUUUAAGGGUUAUGGCAGUGUUUCAGCUUUUUUAUAUUUUAGGAGGGUAGUUGGAGAAUGAGUUAUUGGGUAUGGUCCGUAGUCAAGAAAUGUGCUAAUGGGUUUUUGUCAAAUUUGAUUCACUAGUUAGGAUUUAAAUUAUAUAAUCCAAGGGAUGUGGACUGCUCAUGGGAAUUAAUCCAGGGUUUUUGUUUCACAUGUUAUUUGAGUAGGUAUGUGGUCAUUGUUCUUUUAGAUGAUGUGGGGUUUUAUGUGUAUGUUGAUUUUCCUUUUUUUUCAAUAUUAAUGUGUGUAGUGUUUUAUGAUCAGCUUUUGUACAUAGAUAUUAAGAAUUUGAAAUAUUUCUGGUUACUCUUAGCUCAGGGAGCACACCUGGAGCUGGAGUGGCAUAUUGCCUGAGGUAAUGUGGCUGGCUAUAUUGCAUGGUAUAAUUUUUUUUACCUUCCACAACAGGAUUUGCAAAGCAAUUAUGAAUAGGUGGUUUGAUUGCUACGAGAGAGGAUGGCCUAGGCAUCUCUUUAUGCCUUCAUUUACAUUCAAGGUUGUUUAGUCUCUCUUUAGGUUUUCCCAUGUAGACUGCUGAGGGCUUUGUUUGCUAGGCAUGAUAUUACAGCAAAUUUUUUGUUAGAAUUCCUGAAAUUAUAAGUUUCAUUUAUUUGCUUCAUUUUUCCUUUUAAGAGCUCUUAUAUCUUAAAUUUAAGCUGUUUUAUAAUAAAGAUUAAUUUGAUAAUUAUCCUCUACUCCAAUGAAGGAAAAGGGAAAGAAGGUGAGGGAAGUAUUUAAAAUACAUAAUGCAGACCUUAGUUCCAUUUGUGACAUUAGUUGAGUGGAUGCCAAUACCUGUUAACUGCUGAUAACUGAAAAUGCAUUGUCGAUGAGUUCAAUUGAGUGGAUGCAAAUAUGUAUUUGUUGCAGAAAAUGCAUUUUGUAAGUUACAAAAGAUUGUUUUGGAAACUGUGUUGGGUCUUUUUAAUGUAUGUUUCCUUUUAGCUGGGCUGGGAAGCUUUACAUGUCUACUAUUUGAGCUUUCUUUUGAGAGUUACUUAUUACAAAUGAAGUUUGGACAUGACUUUAUAGGAUCCUGUGUUAAAAAUCCUUCUUAGUUCCUCCAAUUUUGUUAUUGUGAUUCAUUGUCAAUUAAAUUAUUGCUUCUCUUUUUUCUCAUUGUUUUGUUAAAGCUCAAAGGAAAAGCACUGAAAAGUGAGAAGUCACCAGUGAAUUUGUUUUAUCCAUAAUGUAAUUUUUUUAACGUCUUUUGCUUCCUACUUGCUAGUAGUGAAAAUAUUUCUGACCACUUAUUGUAUUGUCUUUGACCCAAUGUGAUAGCACAGGAAUAGUUUUGCUGUUGGAUUCAGAAGUUUGGAAGAGCUAAGAUUUACCACAAACUGUUUUAUUGUCUUGCUUGCUGAAUGAAAAUAUGGUUC